AUGGACGAUGUUACUGCUGGGCUUUUGAAGAGCCUAGAUAUCGACGUUAAUGGAAAGCCGAAUGCCCUUCAAGAUAGGGCCCAAUGGGAAUGGCGUCGAGUGAAACAUAGCUUUAGCACAAAAAAGCGCAAUAAAGUGAUCGAGGACCUUAGGCAUUGGAAUGAAGACUUAAGGAGGUCUGUUGAAAAACCAGAAUUGCCCGCGGAAGACGACAGUGGCAAAGUCCAAUAUCUCAAACGCCGCUUCAAUAUUGAGCGUUGCAAUUCAAUCCGUCAGUGCUUAAGCUCUCUUCACCGAGCACUCGAAUUUGCAUUCCGUUGUGCCUGCUCACCACCUCACCAAGCUGCCAUCGACCUUGACUGGGAGGCGAUUGAAUCUAAUGCAGCCAAAACUUUCAAAGUGGCCCUCUCCUUCUCCCCUAUCUUCUCCCCUAUAUUCUUCCUUCCGAUCCAAGAUGUCAAAUGUCAAAUUCCGCUUACUGUCCCGGACACCCUCACCCCCACAAACUCCGCCGGUUUUAUUAACGGCACCAACGGCCGUUUCAACCACAGCGAGUACGGCAUCGCUGCCUCCACUGCCUGGUCAGUCUUACACUUGAGUGGCAGUCCCUGGCUUGGCCAUCACUGGGACGAAAAGCAAGCGAAUAUUUUUCUCGAGAAAAACCAAGGCGGCCGGGAAAUUUUAUCCCGGUACCCGUGUGCAUCAUAUACAUUUUUACCGCCAACAAGCCCGGAGCAGCUGGUUGCAACGGACUUUGACCAUCUAAUUCCCAACAAAACUGUCUUCACACUCGGUAUUCUCCUCAUCGAGCUCUGCAUCAACAAAUCAUUUGCGGAGUGCCGGCAGACCGGUGAGAGCGUGACACCAGCCUCUCUACUCGAUGACUAUAAGGCUGCGCUGAGCAAGUUGAAUGAGGUGUACCGUGUAGCAGGAGACUCUUAUGGAUAUGCAACGGAACGGUGUGUGAAGUUCGCGUUUCAGGGGCCGGAUUCCUACCAGGAUUUUACUUUCUCGAAAUUCCGGCAGCAAUUCUACGAUGCUGUGGUUGCGCCGGUGCAGGCGACUUAUCUUGCCUUUCCGGAUUCGUACAUUCCUGUGUAA